GGCAGCAGUUUGGGUUUACGGUCACUACCAGUAAACACAGGCGAAACUGACGUCGUUAACACAUUUUAUUUGACUUUUAAUCAUGGAUCGAUACAACGAGGACGUUGCAAUGAAAGAAACCAGGAGAAGAGAGCGUCAAUCAGGUUCAGCUACCCGUGCAUUACAUGAUGUUGAAGCUUUAGAGGAUUCAGACUCUGACAUCGGCUUGUGUGGCUGGCUGUUGGUUGCGCUCUCCAUUCUUCUCAUGCUGGUUACUCUGCCACUCUCCAUAUGGAUGUGCAUUAAGAUUGUGAAGGAAUACGAGCGAGCCAUUAUCUUUCGCCUCGGGCGCAUUUUGCGAGGAGGCGCCAAAGGUCCAGGGCUGUUCUUCAUCUUGCCGUGCACUGACAGCUUUAUUAACGUGGACAUGCGCACCAUCACCUUCGACAUCCCACCGCAAGAGGUUUUGACUAAAGACUCUGUGACAGUGAGCGUUGAUGGUGUGGUGUACUACCGCGUCCAGAAUGCUACACUGGCUGUGGCUAACAUCACCAACGCAGAUGCUGCUACGCGACUGCUGGCCCAGACCACCCUGAGGAACGUCCUGGGCACCAAGAACCUGGCAGAGAUCCUGUCUGACCGCGAGGAAAUUGCACACAGUAUGCAGUCCUCUCUGGAUGAUGCUACAGACGACUGGGGGAUCAAGGUGGAGCGUGUGGAGAUUAAAGAUGUCAAGCUGCCCCUUCAGCUCCAGAGAGCCAUGGCUGCCGAGGCCGAGGCCAGCCGUGAGGCCAGAGCCAAGGUGAUUGCAGCAGAGGGAGAGAUGAACGCAUCGCGGGCGCUGAAGGAGGCCUCCCUGGUGAUCGCCGAGUCUCCCUCUGCCCUGCAGCUGCGUUACCUUCAGACCCUCAACACCAUCGCCGCAGAGAAGAACUCCACCAUCAUUUUCCCGCUGCCGCUGGAGAUGAUGCAGGCCUUCAUGAAAUAAUGAGGAGUCUCAGAACACAUGGUUCACAUGUACAUCACUCACACACACACACACACACACACACACACACACACACACACUAAGGCCUCUGUCUUUGUUUGUACCAUCAGUGCUAAAUUGUGCUUGUGGCUAAUGAUGCACCGAGCUGUACUUAAAGUACAGUUUUUGUGAGUCCCCAGCUUUUAUUGCCUCGCGUUUGUUGCAUUUGGAAACAUCUUAACUGCAACUGUGUGAGAGGAAAUAACCUGCAGUUUUUUAUUUCUGUUUUUGGUUCU